AUGACCGGAAAGAUGCUGUCGCCAGUAGCAUUGACUAGCUUCUUGUUCUGUCUGCACGCAUUUGCUUGGACACCAGGGCGAUCAGCGAAUGCUUCAGUCUACCAUCAACCAUCUGGUUCGAAGAGCAUCUGUAAGCCUACUCCAACAGCAGAACCAACCGCAUCGGUUCCUGCGACAUGCUCAGCUACUCGUACAACAACUUACAAGCAGUUUUCGUACACUGUCCUGACAACAACACGAUAUGCUACAGCUGUUCCCGCACCCUUGACGAUUGACAGCUCAUAUGGACCACCCUUCAGUCAAGCUUCGACGCUCCUGCCAGCAAACGCAACAUACACAACGUACUCACUGAACCGUGACUUUACGACACUCCAAGACGGGCAGUAUGGUCAGGGUGCCUAUGCGCGACUCUGGAGUCCUUUGACCUAUAACACAAGCGUCCCGUUCACCACGACCGCUACUCCAACUCCUGUAGCUAGUAGCGAGCUGGUAUUUCCUCCCGCUCUUUACACAGCAUGCCCACAGCAGGCAGACACAUGCCUUGAUUGCUACAAGCUACCCGAAGACUUCCUCUGGGGCGUUGCAGGCAGUGCCUUCCAGAUCGAAGGAGGUCUGACUGAAGCUGGUAGAGGCCCAAGUGGACUUGACGUUCUUGGAGCGUUGCCCAAUACGGAGGACUAUGCCAAUGCUGAAGUUUCCAACAUGAACUACUGGCUCUAUAAGCAAGACAUUGCUCGGCUCGCUGCUAUUGGUAUACCGAAUUACUCCUUUUCGAUCUCUUGGACUCGCAUUGUGCCAUUCGGCGAAGUCGGUAGCCCAAUCAACGCUGCUGGGUUGGAACAUUAUGAAGACUUGAUCAACACCUGUAUCGAAUAUGGUAUCAGGCCGAUCGUCACGCUUUCGCACAAUGAUGCACCACUCAACUUGACCUACCAGGAUCCACGCUUCGCCGAUGCGUUCUUGUAUUAUGCUAAAGAGGUGAUGACCCGGUAUAGCGAUCGUGUUUCGCACUGGGUCACUCUCAACGAGCCUAACAUCAACUUUGCCACUGACCACUACUCUGUGCCUCACAUUCUGAUGGGUCAUGCGAAGGUGUACCACUGGUACAAGGAGGUCUUGAAAGGCGCAGGCCUCGUCACCAUCAAGUUCGCCAACAAUCUCGCUUUACCACUUGACAGUACGAACCCAGACGACACGCGAGCAGCCCUGCGCUAUCAGGACUAUAUUUUGGGCAUCAUGAGCAACCCAAUUUACUUGGUACUUCAAUACCCAGCUGAAGUGUUGAACACGACAGGCAUCAAUCUGACAGCAUUGACGGCCGAUGAGCUCUCCUACAUCAAUGGGACAUCCGAUUACUGGUCGUUUGAUCCUUACACGGCGGGCUUUGCAACGAGCCCCGAGGGCGGCAUUGAUGCUUGUGCCGCCAAUAUCAGUGAUCCUCUCUGGCCUACGUGCGUGGUCAACACCAAUGUUCAGCAGGAUGGAUGGCUGAACGGACAAGGCAGUUACGCAUACGCAUACCUCACGCCUCAAUAUGUUCGGCAACAACUUGGGUUCGCUUGGAACAUGUACAAGCCUAAAGGUGUUCUCAUCGCGGAAUUCGGGUUCAAUCCUUUCAUGGAGAAUGCGAAAACCCUGGUCGCCCAACAGUAUGAUCUGGAGCGGACGUUGUACUACCAAUGGUUCCUACGAGAUAUGCUGAAAAGCAUGUACGAGGACGGUGUCAAUGUGAUUGGAGCACUGGCUUGGAGCUUUGUGGAUAACGAUGAGGUCACUUCAUACUAUCAGCAAUACGGCCUGCAGCAUGUGAAUAGGACCAAUGGCGAGUUCACCAGGUCCUACAAACAAAGUAUCUUUGAUUUCGUAGACUUCUUCCACGAGUUUGUAGAGACAUAG